AUGAAAGUUCACACGCGCGUACAAUCACUCCUCCUCCUCGGCGCGCUCCAAGCCCUCGUCUCCGCCUCCGCCUCCCCCGAGCUCCUCCCCGAUGGUGCGGUCAGCACCCGCAUGGUCCUCAAGAAACGUUGUCUCCUCCUCCCGGGUAACAUCCUCGGUCUUGGUCUCAACGGAUGUCUUCUAGGCGGCGGACUGCGGGAUAGUGUGGGAUUGGGGUUGGGUACUGGAGUUUCCCUUAAUGGGGGGUUGAACCUUGGGUCGAGGUGCCCUUUGGAUUUUCAGUGCGAUGGUGAGUUAUCUAUCGUGCUCUUUUGAGGUUCAUUCGAUUGGGUACUGAGGUUUCGGGAUCUGCGACAGGUUCGGGCAAUGACGGUUACGAAUACGACGUCAACGGCAAUGGUUGCCCGAGCUGCUUCAGUGGUUACAAGUACUUUGGCGUGUAAGUCUCUGGUCAACGCAAACACUUUUGAGUUUGGUGGUCGACUCAAUUUUGAUCAUCCUCUCGUCCUUCCAUCUCGCAGAAACGCGGGCUGGCAACCGCCCGCCGAUUUCCAAUGCGGUUCCGACUGGCGUGCCCCUCCCGAAUGGUACAAAACAGCCCACCACGCUACCUGGUUCUCGCCGCCGGAAUCGGCCUUUGACACGACCGAAGACGAUGAGUACUACAAGUUGCGUCAACGUAGUAUCGAUGUCGUCAAGGAUCCGGAAUCGGGGGCUUUGAUGAGGAGGUGCUUGCUUCUCCCGGGCGCAAUUUUGGGCCUUGGGAGUGGUGGGUGUUUGUUGGGCGGUUUGGGAGCGUUGGGACACACGCUUGGACUUGGGUCAGUCUUUCCUCCCUUCGAUUCCAAGGGCAUGGUACACUUUUACUCAUCUCUACGCUCUCGUUCACCGGUGGGAUGCACAGAGCGAGCUUGAACGCCGGUCUCAACCUUGGCCUGCGUUGCCCUCUCCCCUUCAGCUGCGAUGGUCAGUUUAUCUUUCCCCCGCUUGCGCUGCGCAAUUUCCAUCGUAUUGAACGAUCUUCUUCCUCCGUAGGCUCCGGUAACGACGGUUACACGUACGAUGUCAACGGCCACGGUUGCCCGGGUUAUUUCCCCAGCAGUUGGAAAUACUACGGCAUGUAAGUCAUCAGACAACCUCGAUAAUCCUCCGCGCUUACCUGCUGAAGCUGACCCCGGUUGUUCCUCCAACCCCUCUCAGCAACCACGGCUGGCAACCCCCUCCCACCUACCAAGCCCCUCCCAACUGGUCCCGUCCCUCUCAAUGGCGUUCCAACAAGUGCACCUGGUGGAGCCAAUCCGGCGGCUCGAGCUCCGGACCUCCGUCGGGUCCUUCCUCGGGUCCUUCCUCCGGUCCUCCGUCGGGUCCUUCCUCGGGUCCUCCGUCGGGUCCCUCCUCCGGUCCUUCCUCGGGUCCUUCGUCCGGUCCUUCCUCCGGUCCUCCGUCGGGUCCUUCCUCCGGUCCUUCCUCCGGUCCUUCGUCUGGCCCUUCGUCCGGUCCUUCGGGGCCUUCUUCUGGGUACCCCGGAGCCGGUGGCAACGGUGGUAACGGUGGUAACGGCGGUAAUGGUGGCAAUGGUGGCAAUGGUGGCAGUGGUGGCAGUGGUGGCAGUGGUGGAGGCGGCGGAAGCAGUUGGUCAGGGGGCCACAAGCCUCAGAAGCACCACAAGAACAAGGUGUGCCGCUGCGAUUAGAUGAUCUUUGCUCGGUCAUUCGCCCAUUGCACUUCGAACACUCUUUUCAGUUCGCCCUCAACACGCAUUCUUCUCUCAUUCCCCGUCUCGACUCGUUUGUCCUCAUUCCCUUCCGGUUUCUUGAUCAUCCUGCAACCUUUGUGACCGAAGAAUUCAUUUUAACUUGCCCUCACAAGCCAUCCUCUGAGUAGACACUAGCCUUGGUGCAAUCAGCAUUCUCAGCGCUUACCCCCUAUCUAUGUUCCACAUGAUCAUUUUCCGAGUUUUCAGAUUCGUUGUUCUGUGUAUCGAGUCGUUUUUGGCGUCUUUCCUCGAUUCGGGGACUCUGUUCCUUUGCUCAGUCCUCGAUACUCGUUGCGGUUGGCAGCUGUGUAUAGUCAGUCUACCCGAUGGAUUUCUCCAUAUUGUGAACCAUCAUGACCUCGCCCUUGGUAUGAUUCCAAUUCAUCGAGGUGUUUUGGCCAUUAUCGGUCGAAGUAGUAUUGGCGCCGCCCGGUCGUUCCAUCGCCUCGCUGAGGUCGUGCCAAAUGUGGUGAUGUCCGACGGCGCCGGGGUGAUCGAGUGAUGCAUGACAGCGUACCCUGCAGGUAGCAUAUUCCUCAAAGCAGUUCCAUGUGUAUAGCCGAACCAACUCGUGGAUAAUUCUUGUAAGCUUGAAAGCUCACAACACGUCGCGAGAGCUCAGAGAGUGUGGCGGCGUCGAAGGUAUGGAAAUCGACUGCAUGAUCGAACGACACCAACGAACCUUCUCCCCCUUCGUCGUUAUCGCGGUGAUAAUAACCAGAUCGGAUCUCCCCAUCACGUGGGCAGAUCCACACUGUUUUACCGACAGGCCUGCGGGGUCUUUACCGUCGCGGCAUUCUUCACCGCGAUGUCUCGCUCGGCGAUAUCCUGUUCUCGCCAAGCGGUGAAGGUGUCUUUAUUGGUGACGAUCUCGCCAUCUUUGUGGAUUCCUCUUCCAGCGAAAAAGCUGGACGAUUUGCCCGUUUGGUAAGUUUCUUUUUCCCAAACCGACUCUGCCAAGCUGAAGCCCACUUACAGAACAUUUGACCAGGGAUCGAUUUCAAGUUCCACUCGCAGGGAACCUUUCCGUUCGACGCGAGUGCUGGCGGCCGAUUAGAGAAAGUGCGUAUUGCACCAAGCGUGGCACGGCAUCGAAUCGCUAUUAUACGUGGUUCGAUUUGUGGUGAUAACCCAAACUCGAGGUCCGCGAGAGCGAGACAGACCAAAGAUGGAGUUUAAGGAAGCGAAGCACGAACGCUUGCGCAAUGUGCAACUCAUCGUCGAAACCGGCAAAUGGGAGCUGUUUGAAGAGCCUUCGAAGCUUUCGACAAUGCAGGGCCCGGGCCCUGAAUUCUGGCUCAGAAUCGGGAAAAUGGCGAAAGCUUUGGUCCGAUACUGUGAUCCAAAGACCCUCUCCGUUUUUUUCCCGGUUCAACAAGGAUUUGGUAUGUGGUACCCCUCCUCGCGUAGCUCGGGGGGGGGGGUCACAGGAGUGCUCUCAUGA